CCAUUUUCUUUCAAUCAAGUUACAUAACAUAACACACAGAGAAUAAGAGAAUAUAAAAUAGAGAACAAAAUUGUGUUUGAAGAAGAAUGAAUUGCAGUAGAAAAUGGAACAUAAGCAUCCAAUACGACAUGAUGAUGAAUCCUCUCUCUCAAGCAGAGACGCUUCUCUCUGCUUUCUCCAACAGCAACCACAAACUACGGCGUCUCCCUCACGUCUUCAGCAGGAUCCUUCAACUUCCGUUACGCUCUGACGCUGACGUGGCGGUCGAAGAGUCACCCAACUGUUUCCGGUUCAUGGCGGAAACGGAGUCGUCACUCGGACACGUGGAGACGCACGCGCUUCAUAUCCAUCCAGGUGUUACCAGAAUUGUUGUAAGGGCGAGUCAGUCACUUCAGUUCUCGUUGGAUGAUCUUCAUCCUGAUAUCUGGAGGUUUCGUUUACCUGAGUCUGUUGUUCCGGAGCUCACCACCGCCGUGGUGGUCGACGAUGUGCUUGUUGUUACUGUUCCCAAGGCUGAACGUGAUGAUGAGAAUGAUAGUGCAGUUAUUGGUGGUGGUGGUGGUGCUAGGGUUGUGUUUGUUCAGUAAUUAGGGUUGAGAUUGAUAAUAAAUCGAAGUUUGUGUUGUUGCUUAGUUUCAUCUGUUUAUUCAAUAAAAUCUGAGAAAGGAAUAUUAUGUUUGUGUUUUUAAAGCGAUUUAAUUUAACUGGCUUAUUAUUUUGAGCUUA